CUGGACCUCUUCAUUUCCAGCUCUCCUCCAAUACCUCUAUUAAAUACACCACCACGUGGCACCUUCCCUUCAGCAGUGUGCCCAUAGUUUGUUUUCAUUCUUUUGCAGACCCAAUUUCUUUCUUCAAUUCCUCAAUACCCAGCUUGAGAAAUUAAAAUUCUGAACUUUCUUAAAUGGCAUCAAAGAGAAUAUUGAAGGAGCUCAAGGAUUUGCAGAGAGACCCACCAACUUCAUGCAGUGCAGGUCCUGUGGCUGAGGAUAUGUUCCACUGGCAAGCAACCAUAAUUGGUCCAAAUGACAGUCCCUAUGCUGGCGGUGUUUUCCUUGUGACAAUCCAUUUCCCACCUGAUUAUCCUUUCAAACCCCCAAAGGUCGCCUUCAGGACCAAGGUCUUCCAUCCAAACAUAAACAGUAAUGGAAAUAUAUGCUUGGACAUACUCAAGGAACAAUGGAGCCCUGCACUCACAAUAUCCAAGGUUUUGCUCUCCAUAUGUUCACUGCUUACCGACCCAAACCCAGAUGAUCCACUUGUUCCUGAGAUUGCUCACAUAUGCAAGGCUGAUAAAGUGAAAUAUGAGUCAUCUGCUCGGAGCUGGACACAAAAGUAUGCCAUGGGAUAGACCCUGAUGUCUAUUACAACUUAUAAAACCUUCUAUCCAUUCUUGCAGCUCUUUAAACUUCCCUUCUAUCUGUCAUAUUGCCUUGGUGAGGUAUAGGAAUGACCCAAGUCAGGAUUUGAUUUUGUAAUUUGAGCAUCUUUUUGCUUUGAAUAAAUGGGUAGGCAACCUACCCUUGAGCUUAUCUCCCAAUCUGCAUGAUGUUUGUAAUUUUGCUUGAGAAUGUAGAAAAUAGACUUCAAAUUUA